AACUCACACAUCCACACCCACACCCAAGGAUACCCUCACUGCUUCACUGCCGCUGUUUCCCCACACACUGCUUCCUUUUCUUUACCCCCACUCCCCCACACUCCCACCACCACCACCACCACCACCUCUUUUCACUUUCUGCCUACCCUCUCCAGCCGCAAACACGUUUUUAUUAACGCUCCCCGGGGGAGAGAUGCUCGCCUGACCCCGUCGCCGGGACUUGUGUGGAUGCUGCAUCCCUUCGCUCCUACUUUGCUGCUACCUGUGGAGGUUCCCUCGGUUCUCCGGUCCAGCCGUCUACAGCGCAGAGAGGAACCAUGCUGGGUCUGGACGUGUGUGAGUUCGGGGGUCAGGUGCUGGAGCUGCUGUGGCUGACCAUGUGCUACAGAGGUCUGCUGGCUGACAAGACAAAUUUUGCCAUAGAGGAGGAAGAUGAUGACAGGAGCCUGAACUACAAUCCUCCGGCGCAGAAGUCGCUGCAGGAGAUCCAGGAAAUGGACAAAGAUGAUGAAAGUCUGGUGAAGUACAAGCAGACCCUGCUGGGCCCAGAGGCGAUGAGUGCGGACCCGUCUGAGCCAAACGUCCGAGUGACCAGACUGAUCCUGUUGUGUGACGAUGCUCCUGAACCGCUCGCCAUGGACCUCACAGGGGACCUGAGCGCUCUGAAGGAGACCAGCUUCACCUUACAGGAAGGAGCCAAAUACAGGCUGAAGGUUUACUUCAAGGUGAACAGAGAUAUUGUGUCUGGCUUGAAGUACCGUCAAGUGACUUACAAGAAAGGAGUAAGAAAGAACACAGUCGUGUGCAUGAUGGGAAGCUACGGGCCACGCCCAGAGGAGCAGGAGUUCCUGUGUCCAGCUGAAGAGGUGCCUCAGGGCAUGAUUUCCCGAGGCCAACAUGUCGUCAAAUCCUGCUUCACCGAUGACGACAAGAACGUCUACCUAUCUUGGGAAUGGAUCCUCAACAUCAGCAAGGAUGGAAAUUAACAGGGAGUGUGAGGAAACUGAUGGCGAAUUCUUUCCCCUUCUUCCAUUGCUGCCCUUUUUUCUGAUCCCACCACUCCUGUCACCUUCGUCCUCGCUAUAACUGCGCUCAACGAGACAGGAUCCUCUGUUUACAGUUCUCUUUUCUGGGUUAUGUGCAUCAAUCCUAAUGUUGUCUAUUCCUUUUGUUACCAGAGUUUUGCUCCCUUCUGCCUUACAUUGUCAUGUGGCCUAUCACAGUUUGGUCAGUUUUAAGCACAGAAUUGAAACACGGCAGAAGGAUAUUUACGGUGGAAUGGCGUAAAACUAUGAAUACUGCGGCAGACCUGCAAGAUCUAUUCCAUAUGAUUUACAGAAAAAAAAAAUAUUUUCAAGAAAGAAUGUGCAAAACACUGGCAGAAAGGCUAACACGCUGUUUAAAAUAGGAGCGAUGACCUAAAUAAAUCCUCUCAGACAGCAAGGAGGAGCUCUGGACUAUAAUGAGCGUCCUGAAAACCUAGCUUCAGAUGCUGGGUCACAGCUCAUGGAGACAGGAUGGUUUUAUGUUUUGUUAGAAUGCAGAAGAGGCCGUACUCUAAACAUAUAAUUUCACGUAAUUUUUCUAUUCAGUAAAAUUUACACAUCGAAAAAUGCCAGUAUCCCAGGCGCCAAACCCCAACGAGUGCACAAAAUGAAUGCAGGAAAAUAAGUGCUCCUUACAACUGGUGAUCGCUUUGUGAGUCGUUGACCCGUUUCCAAUUUAGAUGCAUUCUCCCACAGCAAAGAAAAAGAGUACAGUGAUACGUUAUGUGAUCACAUUUUGUUCCUGUCUUUUAACUAGUGUACAUAGUGUCUUUUCAAUAGGGUUUAAUUGGUGUGUUAAGGGUCAAGCUCAGAAGACAAAACUUUUUAUUAUUUUGUUUGACUUAAUGUUUUUCCUGUGAUGUAAAAUAAUGAUGUCCGGAUCUUUUUAAGAAAAUAAAUAGGUCAAAACUCAAGUAAAAGUUUACUUCUGUAGCACACUUAAAAGUAAUCUCUUUUGAUCAAUGUGCUGCAGAAGUUCUGAAGCACCGACAACAAAAGUUAAGCACCUAGAAGAAGUGGUCUAAUUUGGAUAUAAUACUGUUAAAAAAAAAAGAAUUAAAAAGGGAUUUACUGCACAUCUUUCAAGACUCAAAAUCACAAAGUACUGUGCAAAUGAAAAUUAAAAACCAAUGGGUGAAGAUUAGAUUACAAUAUUCCAGUCUCAAAGAAACUCUGCUAUGGCCGCAGGUCUCCGUGCCCAUGGCCAGUCAGAGCUUUUUGUGUCAUUCUUCAACCAAUCAGAUAAAUACAUUAUUUCUGUCAAUCAAAGUCACACCUCUGACAGCUCAGAAGUGCUGGCACAAAUGUCACUCAAACCUUUGAAUGCAAACGGAAAAGUCAGACAACAGCAAAAAGACUGGAGAGAAUGGCAGCGGUGACAGAACAUUCGGUCGUUUGUUUCCAAAAUAACAAUUUCACCAAGCUUUUGCUGGACUACUAAAGCAUAUAAUGGAAUUCGGACCAGACUUAAGGGAUUAAUGUUCAACCUUGAGUGACCCUGAUAAAACCGCAAUAAAGUACAUGGAGGUUUGUGGUUGUAAUGUUGCAGAAUAUGGGAAGGAUCAGAAGUAUCAGAAGGUUUUCAUAGUCCAUGUACCAAGCAUUACAGAACCUCAUGGCUUCUGCUCCUAUCCUACAAAUGCAGGUAUGAGACUAUUUCCAACUCCCCGUGUCAUCUAACGCUGGACUUCAGCUGGACUGCAGGUUUACCAUCCCACACGUAUGCUGCCAUUAACACCAGAGCAGAGUCAGCUGUGGUUUAAUGCGGUUUAGUGACUUUUCACUUGUAGUUUUAUAACUUUCCCACCUCUGGGUUCUAAACUUUUGUUGUCUUGAGAAUAGGAGUAAAAUGUGGUUGGGUUAUUUUACUCUAACCAAAAUGCUGAUUUGCUUUUUAAAGGGCAAAUAUCAUCAUAUGUUACAACCAGAAAACCUUAAAAUUUGUACAUUUUUAAUCGACCUCAACUGGCCUUCCAACGGUUUUUCAAAGUAAAUAAUCUUAAAAUCAUCCUUUAUAAUAGAAAAGAGGACACAUUUCAUGCCAGGGUAACAACAGACAGCCCUAGCAGGGAGUCAGCAGCCAGACCGUUGAGGCAAUCGCAGGUGUUGUUUGUAUCCGAAAAUGUUAUGUUACCAUGAUUUUUACAUUUUAUGUUUCAUCUGUCAGUGUAAAAUCUCUUCUGAUAUUAGCAGGUUACCUUAAGCAAAGGACCAUUCUCUUCAGCAAUCCAUCUGUAUGUUCACAACAAGAAAUAGCUUCUUCGUCACUCAUUAAGUACAGCGUUUUUUACAGCAGCUGCAAUCUGAUUAUUUCAGUAUUUUAACUUCCCUUUCAUCCACCAGAUGUGAAGCCUUUGCUUGAGGAUAUUUUUUUUAGGUCUAAACAGCUUUUUGUUGAAACUGAACUAAUUGCAGAUGGAUUCAUAGUGUGUUUUUCGACAUUACUACAUUACUGUAGUGCAAACAAACCCUCAUGAGUAACAAACUCAUUUUGUGGAGAACAAUGAGACUCUCCCUAUAACUGCAUGGCUCAGUGACACAAAGUACAUUGUUUUGUGACACGCUUGUUGUUUGUGACAAAGGACUGUGCGUGUCAAAGUGACAGUGCAAGCCACAAGAAAAGCAAAACUUACAUCUGCAUGCUGCAAAACUUUUAUGUUUCCAAUUUGAGUUUUUGUCACAAGAAGUCCUUAACCACUGUGUUGAAUUUCAGGCAAACUCAGCUUGUGACAGAGUGCUUUUAAAUCCCUCCAUAGGGGUCCGGUUUGGUAAGUCUCAAAGGUGCUUGCAACCAGACAACAGUGUCUCCCGACCUCCUCCUCCUUCCCUGAUAAAUUGCCCUGUAGAUCUUCAGUUUCUGAAAUGAAUUUGAGCUGGAGUCUUUCCCCGUCGCUGCUCUUAUUUUAGGAGGAGACUGUGUUUUUAAAUGAUGGCAGCGGUUGGCGUCCCAGACACAUUGUUCUAAUCCUUUAACAAUUUCCGGCUGUGUUCUUGGCUGCCUUGUGCUCGCGUUGUUCCAUUCACACAUUUCUCCAGUUCAGCCGUGCAAAGGAAUAUAAUUAGCUACGAGCUACGAGUCUGAACACAGUAGACGAAAGAAAAGUUGUAUAAAUGAUGAUAUAUGCCUUUUAACUGCUGUUUCUAAUGUUUGGUCUUCUUACCGCAGAUUGAGAAGAUGAAUACUUUCUUUAUGAAAUGAUCUUUGAGUUGUUUUCAUUUCAAUGUGUUUCCUUUUUCUGGCACUGUUUUUAAAGAGCACACGAGUGAAAACCCGUACCUGAACUGUGUAUACUGUAGAAAGAGAUGCAUGUAGGUCCUUUGAUGCUAUUUACACAGGCAAAAAAAUAUGAACCAAAUCCUCUUUCUCCGGUAGAUUUCAUGGGCGUGAGAUGUAAAUAAAGCUUUGCUUUGAGGCUAUGAGAUGUUUGGAGUCCAGAGUAUUCCAGAGGGAUCCAUUGAUGUCUCAGAAAAUGCUAAAUAACUCUACCGUGCUGUGUUUGAGUAUGCUGUUGUCAUUGUAGGUGGACAUAUUUGAACUUGCUGAUUAAUGAAGCUCCAUUUGAGUGAACUGUUGUGGUCAAAGACUAACUGUAAAUGUUGGCUUGUUGGGUUUUGCAUGAUUUAGCGAGAUUCCUUUUUUUUUUUAAAUAAUUCUCCUAAACAACUUAUUGUCACCCAAAAAUUGUGAAAAACCUUCGGAACAUUUAUUGUGAUGUCAGCACCUGCUACAUGGGACAGGUACACUGUUGUGGGGACAAGAUUAGGCCGAAAGGCACAGAAACCUGGAAACUCUGUAUUUCUUGCCUCCUGCAGUUAACAGCAAAGUGCUGCAUCUUCAAAUAUUGCUGUCAAAUUCUAGUAUGAUGUAUUGUUUAAUAAAGGUAAUUUCAAAAAGCC